GUGGCGAUAUUGAGUACUUGGCUUAGCAAAACGUUUAAUAAACUGCUGCUAUCGCUUCAUUGUGAUGCCAGUGUACGCUCGUAUCCGUAUUGUGUCGAAGUGAGUUUGAGUGAAGAUCAAUAUACAGUUUCAUUGAGUUUAAGACAAGAUGUCAAACGAAGCAGUGCCAAAAGGCGAAGCAUUAUUAGUGAAGCAAGCGCGAGAGAAGUAUAUAGCGACGUAUGGCCGACAGCCUACAGUUGCGGCGUGCGCGCCUGGCCGCGUGAAUCUCAUCGGAGAGCACAUUGACUACUGCGAAGGAUUCGUUCUGCCGAUGGCUAUUCCAUUCCUGACUGUGGUGGUCGGAGGUUAUAACAAUACGGACGAGUGCCGUUUACUGUCAGUGCUUGGUACGGGUGAAGAGCUUCAGACAAAGUUCCCGUCGACAAAAAAAUCACCCUUAAAACCAGAACAACCUGGCUGGUCCAACUAUGUGAAAGGCGUAGUCGCAAAUUUCCCUGAUGUGGUGGAUGGUUUCGACGCUGUCAUAGUGUCUGAUGUUCCCAUGGGAGCGGGCUUAUCCAGUAGCGCUUCUAUUGAAGUUGCUAUAUUUACAUUCCUUGAGGGACUUACUGGAGUGACAGUUGGGCUGGUUGAAAAAGCUAAGCUGUGUCAAAAGGCCGAACACGAAUUUCCUGGAAUGCCAUGCGGAAUAAUGGAUCAAUACAUCGUGACAAUGGGCAAAAGGGAGCACGCCUUACUUAUUGACUGCAGAUCAUUAGAAGCAGAGCAAGUGCCUCUGGAGACUGAUGAUGUGGCUCUGCUAGUAAUCAACUCAAACGUGAAGCAUCAACUGACAGGCAGCGAGUAUCCACAACGACGAGCCCAGUGUCAAGAGGCAGCUGAUAAGCUAGGCUUGCCUUCACUACGAGGAGCCAAACGAGAUGACAUUGAAGUACUAAAACGGCUUGGAUGUGACGAGCUGGUAAUUAAACGAGCCCAACACGUCAUCGAGGAAAUAAGCAGGACGGAAGAAGUGGGAAAGAUUCUUGGCAAAAAGGACUUUAAAAGAACUGGCGAGUUAUUCUACCAAUCGCACGACUCCCUAAGCAAGUUAAUGGAGGUGUCGUGUCCCGAACUGGAUCAGUUGGUCAACAUCCUGAGAGGAGCUACUGGCGUGUAUGGCGCGAGGAUGACUGGCGGUGGCUUCGGGGGAUGCGCUAUUGCUCUGGUACAAAAAAGUGAGGUUGGAAAUCUGAAAAAUCUUAUAUUAUCGCAGUACAAAAAUCCAACAUUCUUCGUUUGUCAGCCGACCGACGGUGCCCGUUUGAUAAAAGUUUAAUAAAAUAUCCCUUUUAUAUUGUUUAA